AAUGCUGUGUGCAAUAACCUCUCAGAUAUAAUUUCUGAAGACACUCUCUGAUCCACUGCAAUAAAGUCAAUCUUUGUUUUCUGUCGAGUGCCUCGUCUAAAUUCCACCACCCAGCAAGAAACCAAGAUGAUCCCAAUUGUUUUAGCCUCACUGCUUUUCGUCAGCGUUUAUGGGUGUGGGAGGCCCCCCAUCGAGCCGUCGAUCACCCGGGUGGUCAAUGGUGUAGAUGCUCGCCCUUACAGCUGGCCCUGGCAGAUCUCGCUGCAGGUCCAGUCAUUUGACGGGUGGAGACAUAUCUGCGGAGGCUCCCUGAUCGCCACCAACUGGGUCUUGACUGCUGCUCACUGCAUUACGAGGCAGACCUACAGAGUGUAUGUGGGCAAGUACAACCUGGAUGUGGAGGAGCCUGGAUCCCAUGCCAUUACCCCACAGAAGAUCAUAGUGAACAAGAAGUGGAACCCCUCACUGGGGACUCUGGGAAAUGAUAUAGCCCUGAUCAAGCUGUCAGAGCACGUGACCCUGAGUAAGCACAUCCAGCUCACGUGCAUCCCGUCUGCCGGAAGCAUCCUGCCCAAUGACUAUCCCUGCUACAUCACUGGCUGGGGCAGACUCUCCACCAAUGGUCCCAUUGCAAAGAAGCUGCAGCAGGGUCUGUUGCCUGUGGUGGAUAACACCAUCUGCUCACAGCCUGACUGGUGGGGCCAUUCUGUCAGAAACACCAUGGUAUGCGCAGGCGGAAAUGGCAUCGUCGCUGGCUGCAACGGAGACUCUGGUGGCCCCCUGAACUGCAAAAGCACAAAUGGUGUGUGGGAAGUCCAUGGCAUUGCCAGCUUUGUCUCUGCCCUGGGCUGCAACUACGAAAAGAAGCCCACCGUCUUCACUCGUGUCUCUGCUUUCAAUGACUGGAUCAACCAGGUUAUGGCCAACAACUGAGGCAUCUGCAGCAAACAUCUGCUAUAUUUCCAGAAUCCAAUAAACAACUGAGCAAACUAAA